GUUUUGUUAGCAAUAGAGAGAGUUAUGGCCUCUCCACGGUAUCCAGGAUUUCAUAAAUACGUAACCCGCGCGUACAUAGUGGUGGUAUUUAUGAUAAUGAUGGGCUUAUUACUGACUUCUUUUGUUGACGAUGACAUUUCAAUAUCAAGCGUAUUAAUGAUAGGGGUGUUCCUUGUGUUUGCAUAUGUUAUCUAUUGGGUCAUAGUUAGAUUGAAUUGUUAUGGCACACCAUUACAACGGCGCCGUCGUGGUGAGAAUAAUGCAGUUACAAUCUACUCAUACGGAAACCGAUCCUCUACAUCAAUGAGAACGUCCCCAUCACCACGCGACACCUAUCAAACAUUUGCAAAUUAUAGAUUUGGAGCAUUUGCCAAUCGACUACGUAGCAUUAGCUCAUUCGCCUCGUCAAUCACCUCGCAACAGCGAAACAAUAACAACAGCGAAGAAGAAAGCAGAAAUGAUGAUAUAGCGGAUGAUCAAUACAUAGGAGAUAUGGAACAGACAUUAACAACACCGCCACCUACAUACACAAAAACAUUACAGGAUGUAGGGCUCCCACCACCAUAUAUCUCAAAAACAAUUUCUUUAGAAGAUAGAACAAAUAAUAUGGAAGUUGAGAAUAAUUGUGAUAUUGAACAUAGGUCUGAAUCAAUGGCACAAUCGAGACCUGCGAUGUUUACUUCUAGUUCAUCGUUGGAGGAUGCAUCCGGAGGUAAUCGUGAAUCAGGAAUUCAAAUGCCACCACAGUCAUAUCAACCUAGUUCUAAUUCACAUCAGCAGACUGAUGGGAACGUCGUAUCCGUUGAUACGGAUCACACGCAUGAUAGUAUACCAAUUGGUAACAAUAAUAAUGAAUCAAGACCUCCUUCGAGAUCAACUCAUCCGAUACCUCAACCUCUAUCACAAAUUUCAACUGACACAGUUAACAAUUUAGGCUCCCCAUCUUCCUCUGCAAUAAUAAAUACAGCUAGUAGUCAUGCGCAAAACGGUUCUGUCCCACCAAUACCUUAUUCAGAAACUACAACUAAUGCAUCAACUACAUCACUAUCCACAUUACAUAUUUCUGCAUCAACCACGUCCGAACAAUAUGCAUCAUCUGAAACAUCAUAG